UGUACGCAUUCUUGUGUCGUGAUAUAGCAUAUGUUACAAGAUAAAGAUUUGCAUCAUCUAACGAUGGCAAAUAUGGUAAUCUACCUAAAUAUAUUUACGCAAAACAUUCGAUAACAUUUGGAGAAAAGAUCUUCAAAAACGGCGACCAACAGACAACAGCGACACCGCAAAUUCUAGUUGCCAAACGAGCUCGAGAAAAAAGGGCAUCGCGCUCAGAUAAAAGCUCACAAAUAUCACAAAUACCGAGCAUACAACAUCGAACGUUCUGCAAGAUAGAAGAAGCACUGCAGACAUUUUUUUCAUAACGAACUAUGGUAAAGCGGAGCUAUUGCAAAAACAUGGAUUUUAUUAUAUGGAAUAUACUUAUCGUUAUCGUAGCAUUGAAGAUAACACUCGUAGAUGGAGGAUGUACUAGGCCUCUCCCGGGAAUGGACCAAACACGGUACACAAAACAUCUUCAGAUCGGAAUUACGUCACGAACGGAAGUAGAGAGCAUUAGAUAUGUGUCAACAAUGGGUGAGGGCAAGCAAAAGUUAUUGAAAAGUGCGUACCACAGCUCGAUUUCUCAGUAUCAUAAGAAGAAAGCGAGAACGUGGAUGCCUAGCGGGAAUUUUAUCCGUGAAGAAAAAGAAAAAAAUUCUGGAGACAUGGGAUGGCUAUUAAGCUAUGUGGACAGAACCGUGCCGGAACAAUGUGUACAAGAUGCAUUGAGGGCGUUACACAACCCGUAAACGACGAAGAACGCCAAACCCAGAAUGGCGAACAUCAACGUUUCUUGCUUUGCCACAGCACAGACUUCAGGCAAAGGUCAGUAAAACAAUUUAUAACAACGCCUAAAUAAAAUAAAAGUUCAACAAAAACAUAAGCUUGUAGAUACUGAGGUCGCAAAAAUAUCGGAACGUUAAUAAUUUGUUUUAUU